UAUUACAAAUUAAAAGGAAUCUAUUAAUAUUGCCUAUUUUUGAAAAUUCAACAUUUUUUAUGCCAGAAUACAUAUAUUUUCUAAGAUCUCGUUCUUUCAGCUUUUUUUCGAUUUUUCGAGGGAUACAAAUAGUAAAUUGUUAUUUUCAGACGGUACAAAUGAAAUCAAACCUAAUUACGUUUUAAUUUUUAUGAAAAUUAUUUAUUUUUUUGCUAAGGUCCACUUGGUACCUUAUAACCUAAAUUUGCACGCAUGUAAAUCAAACUCAUUGAAACGUAUUCAUACGAUUAUAUUUUACUACCGAAGUCUAAAUAAUAUUUUUAUGAAAACGUCAGAAAUUUCAUAGACAAGCUGAUUGUUUAAAUAAUGAAAGUAUCAUAGAUUUAAAUUACUGACCAUUAUAAAUUCAUAUUUUGUAAUGUAAUAGAUGACAUUGGUUAACUUUAUGUGAAUUGUACGUAUUACAUAUUUUUUAUCAACAAUGUUGGUUUUAAAAAGUCUAAAAAUUCUCAAUGCCGCACGCUACAUGACUCAAGGAAGGCAAUUUACAGUAUAUUCGAGUUCUAUUAUGAAAAAUUUUAAAUCGGCCAAUUCGCAAUACUCUUGUUGUGUUAGCCGACAUGUGGCUAAAAGCACUCAUUUACUAUCGUAUGACCUAAAUAAUAGCCGAUAUUACAGUGUAGUGCACAAAAAUUCUGAGGCUAAUACUAGUAACAAUGCAGAGGAUACUUUUGAUGAGGAAGCUGAACGUCUUAAACAAAAUCAAAGACAAUGGAAAAUGAUGAAGUAUAGUUUCAUAAUGUUUGGCAUCGCUAUGAGCUUUGCAGGUUUCACAAUUAUUUAUGAGAUAAGUAAACCAGUGUAUGAUGAGAAUGGUAAGGUAGUCGAGGAUGAGUAUAGUCAUUUACCUUUGCAUCAACAAAUCUUCUAUAGACUAAGAAAAGAAUUCUCGUACUACAAAAAAUUAGUUCAAGAGCCAAGCAGAGAAAAAUUACUUCCUGAUCCAUUGACUCAUCCAUAUAUUCAACCACGUUAUACAAUAGUAUUAGAAUUGACAGAUCUCCUUGUACAUCCUGAUUGGACCUAUCAAACUGGCUGGAGAUUUAAAAAAAGGCCAGGUGUUGAUCAUUUUCUAGAGGCUAUUGCACCACCUCAGUUUGAAACAGUUGUAUACACAGCUGAGCAAGGAUUGACAGUUUUUCCUAUUUUGGAUGUACUGGACCCUCAUGGAUACAUAAUGUACAGAUUGGUAAGAGAUGCUACUCGUUUUGUUGAUGGACACCAUGUCAAAGAUCUUGAUGCAUUGAAUAGAGAUUUGAGUAAAGUUAUAGUGAUAGAUUGGAACUCAGAAAGUGUCAAAUUUCAUCCUGAAAAUACAUUAAAAAUACCAAAGUGGACUGGUAAUGAUAAUGAUACAAUGCUGUAUGAUCUAGCUGCUUUUUUGAAAACUAUAUAUGCUACAGAUGUUGAUGAUGUAAGAGAGGUGUUAAGAUAUUAUCAUCAGUUUGACAAUCCUUUGGAAGCUUUUAGAGAAAAUCAACGAAAGUUGUUAACACAACUUGAACAAGAGGAAACAAAAAUUCAGAAACAUGAGACGAAAGCUUUAACAUCUAAAUGGUCACCAUCUUUUCUACGCCAUUAAUUAUUCUUUAGAAAAUAGAUUUUGGAACAUAAAUAACAUUUCAUUGAUGAUAAUAACGUAGUGGUUUUCAAAAAUUUGAAAAUAAUAUUUGGCUAUCACUGAAAAAUAUUGUAAUUCAACACAUCUUCAAUUGAAUUGUAAAAUUUAUUCUUCAAAGGUCAUAUUAAAUGUAU